AUGGACGCCGACACAAACAAGAAUUCCGGGUCUGACCCCCAUGGCCAUACGGUCGUGAGGUCAAAUGUUCCUACUGAACAGCCCUCUUCUGAGGUUGCUGAACUCCACAAGCCUAAGAGUCAGGGCUUGACUUUUGCAAACCAGGACUCGCUACCUAAACUUCCUAUCCCUGAUCUGGAGGAUACUUGUCGCAGGUACUUAGAUACUCUGCAGGGCUUGCAAAAUCCCCGUGAUCAUGAAGAGACCAAGGCUGCUGUUCGGGACUUUUUAAAGAAUGAUGGUCCUCUUCUGCAAGAACGGCUUAAGGCUUAUGCCGGUUCAAAGACGAGCUAUAUCGAGCAAUUUUGGUAUGAUUCUUACUUGAAUUUUGAUAAUCCUGUUGUUUUGAACCUCAACCCAUUUUUCCUUUUGGAGGACGACCCAACUCCUGCAAGGAACCAUCAGGUGACUCGAGCUGCGUCACUGGCGGUCUCAGCAUUGGCAUUUGUUCGAGCUGUGCGUCGAGAGGAGUUGCCUCCUGAUACUGUGCGAGGAACGCCUCUUUGCAUGUAUCAGUACUCGCGGCUUUUUGGAACAGCACGUCUGCCUACCGAUAAUGGCUGUGUUAUUAGCCAGGACCCCUCGGCUAAACACAUGGUUGUUAUGUGUCGGGGACAGUUCUACUGGUUUGAUGUCUUGGACGACAAUAGCGAUUUGAUUAUGAGCGAGAAGGAUAUCUCGCUUAACCUGCAGGUAAUCAUUGAGGAUGCGGCUCAAACUCCGCUUCACGAGGCUGCCAAGGGUGCUUUGGGUGUACUUAGUACCGAGAAUCGGAAAGUUUGGUCGGGGCUUCGCGAUAUCAUGACCAAAGAUUCCAGGUCUAACAAUGCGGAGUGUUUGAACAUUGUCGAUACCGCCCUUUUUGUCCUAUGUCUGGAUGACACAGAGCCAUCCACCACGUCAGAGCUUUGUGCUAACAUGCUUUGUGGCACAAGCGAAGUCAUCAAGGGCGUCCAGGUUGGAACAUGCACCAACCGGUGGUACGAUAAGCUGCAAAUUAUUGUCUGCAAGAACGGUAGUGCAGGUAUCAACUUCGAGCAUACCGGCGUGGAUGGCCACACAGUGCUACGAUUCGCCAGUGACGUGUACACCGAUACCAUUCUCCGUUUCGCAAGGACCAUCAACGGCCAAUCCCCGAGCCUAUGGGCGACCAGCAGCCCCGACCCAGCGAAACGCGACCCGCGCAGUUUUGGAAACGUCAGCACGACACCUCGCAAAUUAGAAUGGGACAUGACACCCGAGCUUAACAUUGCGCUCCGCUUCGCCGAAUCACAUCUCUCCGACCUGCUCUACCAACACGAAUUCCAAGUCCUGGACUUUGAAGGCUUUGGCAAGAACUUCAUAACCUCAAUGGGCUUCUCUCCGGACGCAUUCAUCCAGAUGGCCUUCCAGGCCGCCUACUACGGUCUCUACGGCCGACUUGAGAACACCUACGAACCAGCCAUGACAAAGAUGUUCCUACACGGACGCACGGAAGCCAUACGCACCGUAACGACAGAAUGCAUAGACUUUGUCCAAGCAUUCUGGGGCGAGAACGCCGCCGAACAAAAGGUCGACGCCCUCCGCACCGCAUGCGAGAAACACACCGCCGCUACUAAGGAAUGCUCAAAGGGCCAAGGCCCAGACCGCCAUCUCUACGCCCUAUAUUGCCUCUGGCAGCGCUCCUUCGACGAAGGUCUCUUCGCAGACAGCAGCUCAACAGGCGGAUACUCAAGCCCUGGCGAAACGCAAUCCCCAACCCAAAGCCAAGGCCCCGGAUCACCGAAACUCUCCUACUCCUCCCCUUCAGAAGACGGCCUCUCUUCGCCAGGAAGUAGCACACGCGCCUACCGCACAACAGCACCGACACCGGCAAUCUUCGCCGACGCCGGCUGGGACAAGAUCAACAACACCGUACUAUCAACCUCGAACUGCGGAAACCCGUGUCUGCGACACUUCGGCUUCGGCCCUACAUCCGCCGACGGCUUCGGUAUCGGAUACAUUAUCAAGGACGACUCGAUCUCGAUCUGCGCAAGCUCAAAGCACAGACAGACUGCGCGGCUUAUGCACACGCUUGAGUCGUAUCUAUUUGAGAUUCGGAAGUUGUUGCGCGCGACGAACCGCAAGCCUAGUCCGCGCACUAGUCGCGCGAGAGAGACUGAGGCGCUUGCGGAGAGUGCGCAGUCGGAGUUGCAUAGACGUGGGAGGCUUGUAAGAGGUGGUGGUGCGGGUGUUGAUACGCCAACUUCGGCUGCUGAUAGUAGCUAUCUGGAAGAUGAUGGGAUGGGAGGAUACGGCUUCUUUGAUGCUGGUAUGCUUCUUCAUGCGCUUAAGGGCCUCAAUGCGGAACGGGAACAACGUGGGGAGAAGCCUGCUAGGAGGAGAUUUGUGGGGAAGAAGCUUCAUCUUAAUGAAUAUUGA